UCCCAGGGCAACAGGAUGACAGGUGACACCGCAGGCCCCAAGCCGGCCGCCAAGCGACAGCCGUGGGAUCUGAAGGGUCGCUUGCAGGACAUGGAGCAGAACCUGAACAUGAAGAACAGCCAGCAUGAGGAGCUGAUGCAGCAGCUGCUGCUCACUCAGGAGCGCGUCUCCAAGAUGGAGACCGAGAAGCAGCAGCUGGAGGUGGGCGUCAAGGAGAAGGAGAUUCGCACGGUGGAGAUCCAGUCGGAGGUGGAUCGCGUGCAGCAGCUGCUGCGCCGACGCGAGGACGAGAUGGACGAGGAGCGCCGCCGGCUGAGCCGACAGCUGGCCGACCUUGAGGCGCAGCAGCAGACGACAGAGGCGGCGCGUGCCGCUCUCGAGCGCCAGCUGCGGGCGCUCGAGGCCGAGCUGCGUGCCAAGACGGACGAGGCCGCCGCGCUGAUGACGUCGGUGGGCCAGCUGACGGCCGCGCAGGCCACGGUGCAGGCGCAGCUGACGGCCGCCCAGCUGACCGUGCAGCAGCUGACGGCGGCGCGCGACCAGCUGAGCGAGACGCUGCAGCAGCGGGACGUCACCGUGGCCGAGCUGGAGGCCAAGAUCCGCUCGGAGGAGACGCUCCGGCGCCGCCUGCACAACCAGGUGCAGGAGCUCAAGGGCAACAUCCGCGUGUUCUGCCGCGUGCGGCCGCUGCUCGGCGACGAGGUGGCCGCCGCCGGCGGAGAGAUACAGCACAUACAAUUCACCGAUGAACGCUCCCUCGAGCUGGGCAAGGCCGGAGCCGCCUCUGCCAACGGCGCCGGCGCCGGCCUCAACGAGACGAUGAGCGGACGGCGCCGCGAGAGCGACGGCAAGGUCGGCUUCACCUUCGACCGCGUCUUCCCGCCGCGCGCCUCCCAGGCGGAGGUGUUUGAGGAGAUCUCCCAGCUGGUGCAGUCGGCCCUGGACGGCUACACCGUGUGCGUGUUCGCGUACGGCCAGACGGGGUCGGGCAAGACGCACACGAUGGAGGGUGGCCGCGACGAGCAGCUCGAGGGCAUGAUCCCGCGCGCCGUCCGGCAGAUCUUCCAGACGCGCGACAGUCUUGCUGAGAAGGGAUGGAGCUACACUCUGGAGGCCAGCUUCUUAGAGAUUUACAAUGAAACCAUCCGCGAUCUUCUGAACACAAGCAAGGAGAAGCCCACCUACGAGAUCCGCAUGGUGGAAAACAAGACUGGAAACAAGAACAAGGAGGUGUAUGUCACUAACCUCAAGGUGGUGACGGUGGCGGACGCGGCGGCCGUGGCCGCGCUGCUGGAGCAGGCGCGUCAGCAGCGCGCCGUCGCCGCCACCAACUGCAACGAGCACUCGUCGCGCUCGCACUCGGUUUUCACGCUGCGGCUGAGCGGACAGAAUCGGCUGACGACCGAGACCUGCCACGGCUCGCUGAACCUGGUGGACCUGGCCGGCUCGGAGCGGCUGAAGGAGUCCGGCUCGCAGGGCGACCGGCUCACCGAGACCAAGAACAUCAACAAGUCGCUGGCCAACCUGGGCAACGUCAUCAUGGCCCUGGGCAACAAGCAGGACCACGUGCCGUACCGCAACUCGAAGCUGACGCACCUGCUGCAGCACUCGCUGGGCGGCAACUCCAAGACCCUGAUGUUCGUGAACGUGUCGCCGCGCGAGGACUGCGCCUCGGAGACGCUCAACUCGCUGCGGUUCGCGUCCAAGGUGAACGGCUGCCACAUCGGCACGGCCACCCGUCGCACCAAGUGAAGCGCUCCGGCGGGCUGAGGCUCGGCGCCGCGCCGCCCCGCCGCACCGGCGGCUCGUCCGGCUGGCA